CCGCGCGCACGUGUGCGCCCGCGUUACGCACACUCAGUCGGAGAGCGCGCGCCCUGGAAAAUUCCACACCGGAGCUAGCUCCACCCUAUGAGCCUUCUCUUUGGUCCCACGCUCUUCACGCACAGCCCUCAUCCCGGCAGCCUUUGCGUGAACAAAAUGGCCGCCCCCAUGCAGCGGGGUUUGUCUUGCUUAUCCAGGGCUUUGGGCUCUUGGUCACGACAGCCAGCCCUGGUGGCUCAGUCCAUAGCUGUAGUUCCAGUGAGAACUAAAAAACGUUUCACAUCUCCUACUUAUGAACCUAAGUACAAAUCAGAAAAGGAGUUUAUAGAACACGCUCGGAAAGCAGGAUUGGUCAUUCCUCCAGAACAUUUGGAGCGUGCCAUACAUCUGGCCUGUACAGCUGGUAUAUUUGAUGCCUAUGUUCCUCCUGAGGGUGAUGCUCGCAUGUCAUCUCUUUCAAGGGAAGGACUGAAACAGAGAACUGAACGAUUGAAGAAGAACGUGGCAUCACAGUUGUCAAUCCGGAAGAUAAAAGAAUACGAUGCAAAUUUUAAAACAAAAGAAUUCCCUGAUAAAGCUAAGGAUAUCUUCAUUGAAGCUCACCUUUGUCUAAACAGUUCAGACCAUGAUCGGCUUCAUACCUUGGUUACCGAACACUGUUUUCCGGACAUGGUCUGGGACAUCAAAUAUAAGACCGUCCGCUGGAGUUUCGUGGAAUCUUUAGAGCCACCCCAGGUGGUUCAGGUUCGCUAUUCAAGCCUGGUGAACCAGGGCAACAUGUAUGGCCAGGUCACCGUACGCAUGCACACCCGGCAGAUUCUGGCCAUCUAUGACCGGUUUGGUCGGUUGAUGUAUGGACAGGAAGAUGUACCCAAGGAUGUCCUAGAAUAUGUUGUGUUUGAAAAGCACCUGAUGAACCCCUAUGGGAGCUGGAGAAUGCAUGGCAAGAUUGUCCCCCAGUGGGCACCCCCUAAGCAGCCUAUCCUUAAGACGGUGAUGAUCCCUGGCCCCCAGCUGAAACCCUGGGAAGACUAUGAAGAACCACAAGGGGAGGCCAAUAAACCUCAGCUAGCCUGAUGGCAGGAAUGAUCCCUGAGGUAAAGGAUGGCUAAUGAGGUGGCUGGAAGCUGUGAAGUCUGGAGUCUGGGAGCCAUGAAGUCAUCUGCAUCAGCCAUACAGUAGAAAGAACUACCUUUGUUCUCAUCUGUCAUUCUUGAGUCUUUUCAGCAGUGUCAUCCUCAACAACCAUGGCUCAUGUCUGGGCCCAGGUGGGUGGCUGGUAUGCACAGCCAUGGACCUCUACUUCUUCCUUGUUUUAAAUUGUAUAUCUAGCUUCUGAGUCUAGACGAAAAAUGGUAUAUUUCAGAGAACGUCUGAUACCAGUUUUUCCCACAUCAGUGCAUGUCAAGUGCAAACUGGGAGCGUUCUCUUUCUAAUCAAAGGGCAGGGAUCGUAGUCUGAAAUAAAACACUAUCAGGAUGUUGAAAAAAUUCUGAUGGGUUCCGUACAUUUGCCCUGAUUCAGGUUGGAGGUAGACCAGCCUUCAAAUAGCAGAAGCGGAAGACAGGCUUAGUUGUGAGUGAUAUGACUUCUGUGAAAUCCAGACUUGGGGAAAAUUAUUAGUGCUUAUAUAAUAUUGUAUCAUUAAAGAGAGUCUUUCUCGUACACAGACUCUCUGAACCAGUGUUUGUAUUUCAUAGGAGAAUGUAAGGGCAAUGAAGUCAUGUAACCCUUAGGCUUUGGAUUGUGUUCUUAAUUAUCAGCUGUAUCCUGGUGUGAUCCCAGGAAGCCUGGGUAGAGGCAGGGGCCGUGGAGGGGUUGAUACAUUUGGGAAAUCCAUCUAUGAGCUUUGGUUCCCUGAUUUCUGGCACCUCCUGGAAAUGGUGACUAUUCUUCCCAGCAUUGGGAAGGCAAAGGUACCAGAGUAUGAACCUGUGUUGAAUGAAGCAGCUAGCCCCUCUUUGUUUCUUUGCUCCAGCUGGGUUAUCAGGAGGAGAAUGUGGAUUUCAUAGGUUUGUGUAUCCUGGGAUCAUUUGAGGUAUGACAAGGAAAAUCGCUGUACCAGGUACAGGCUGGCUGAUAGUACUAUUGCUUUUAUCAACACAUAGUGGGCUUCUCUUAAUUUUUAUACUUUCUGUUUUUUUAAAACUUAGCUUUUUUCUUUUUUUUUUUU